AUGGGACUUAAGAUAAUUAUUGUCGGCGGCAGCAUAUCCGGGCUGUCGCUUGCCAACAUGCUCGAACGAUUCGAUAUCGAAUAUAUUCUUCUGGAGCGGCAUAGCAUAAUCGCGCCUCAACUUGGAGCUAGCAUCGGUCUUCUUCCCAGCGGUCUGCGCAUUCUGGACCAAUUGGGCUGUUACGAGAAAAUUAGGAAGGCCGCCGGAGAUGUCUACUACCGCACCAGUAUGCGCUUGUUCAGCGGAAAGACUUGGACUGAUACGCAGCCUGUCUCUUUCUCACAACAGCUUGAAGAUAGACUUGGCUACCCUCAGAUAUUCAUCGACCGCAAAACCCUUCUACAUGUUCUUUUUGAUAAGCUCAUGUUCAAGGACCGAGUUUUGACCAACAAAAUGGUUGUAACUGUGGAUCUGUCGGGUGAACACGUCACUGUUCAUACACAAGAUGGCGCCGUCUACUCUGGGGACAUCGUUGUCGGAGCUGAUGGCGUCCACAGCGCGAUUAGAAGUGAGAUGUGGCGUCUUUCGCAAGAGUCCCGUUCUGGUCUGUUCAAAGCAGAUGCGAUUGACGGUCUGCAGUCGGAAUCAAAAUGCAUCUUUGGAAUAUCGAAACGACCUGCGGGAUUGACCGGCAAUGCAAUUCAAGUCAACUCGUUCUUCAAGAGCUGUAACUACAUGAUGUUAUCUGCCCCCGACAGCCGUCUGUACUGGUUUUUGUUCACAUCGUUGGACAGGACAUGUGGCAAAUCCAUUCCCAAGUUUACAAAGGAAGACGAGCGCGCUCUAGCAGAGAAUCACUUUGAUGAUCAGGUUACAGAGACAACUACAUUCGGUGAGAUAUACGCCCACAGACUGCACUCGACUCUGGUGGCCCUGGAGGAUCAUGUCUUUCCCCAAUGGCAUUUUCGGAGAAUCAUUACGAUCGGCGACGCCGCUCAUAAAGUCCAUCCCAUCAGUGCUCAAGGCGGCAAUGGCGCCAUGGAGACUGCCGCUGUUCUUGUGAACACACUCAGACGGAGGAUGGCCAAUCAAACGUCUAAAGAAAAUCUUAAUGAAGACGACAUCGAGUCUGUUUUUGCGGAAGUUCAGGCCAAACGCUUCAGCCGUGUUGAGGAUGCCGUCAAUCAGGGAUGCCGAACCACAGCAGCAUCUAUCAAAGAGACCUUCUUCUCUCGUCUUUUUGUGGAUUACUUCUUUCCAAGAUUUGGCCAAAGCUUAAUCUGGAGUCUGGUCAUAAAGAACACUGAGACAGGGCCAACCAUUGACGACAUUCCAAUCCCAGCAAGAUAUGAGAAGGCCAUUAUCCGCCACCGCGAAACCACAAACAAACGAAGCUGGUCUUUCUGGAGCCUCGUGACACUGGGUCCAUGCAUUCUUACUCUGCUUGCGUAUUCUACCAUCAGCUGGACAUGGUCGACUCAGCCAAUGAACAUCUACAGCAUGGACCUAAGGACCUGA